UGCAUCCUUCACAAACACAAUAAUUUACCAUAACGAUGAUAAACCGAAAAAAAUAAGUACCUAAAACACACUGACUCGCGCGCGCUCCACUGAACACCAGCAGCGCGCGGCACACGACUCCCUCUCGUGACGUAAUAUGACGCGAUGCUGAAAAAAAGCGGUUUUUGAGAACACCGUCAAGGAAACCGUCACUUUUUCGUCUAAAUUUGUGCCCUCACGCCUUGUAAAACAAUUUCAAAUCCUGCAUUAACGGUUCAUAUGAUAUUUUCAUACAAGGUUAUUCAUUUUUUUUUUUUAAUUAACCUGCAAUAUGCACUUUAACGGGCAUUUUUUAUUAUUAUUAUUAUUUCCCCCAACAUUCCUGUAAUUUAUUAAUUUUAUCUCCUUGAUCACCACAUUUAAUUAUUUAUUUAUAUAUUUAUUUAUGCAGGAAUAUGUUGAUUAAUUAAUUUAUUUAUGUAUUUAUUUGCACAUUUAUUUAUGUAUAAUUUUGUGAAUUUAUGUAUUUAUUUAUUUGCGUAUUUAUUUAUUUAUUGUUUUUGCAGGUUUGGUCCUCCAUAUUAUGCAAGCAGCGUAAUUCACACAAUUCACCAGAGGAGGGCAUUCAAAUAUCAUUUUAAAUGCAUAUUGAAAUAUAAGAAUACAUUUCAACUUGACAGACUGUUGAUAGACGGCAAUCUUUAACUUUCAUAAGUUAUUCUGCACACAGUAAAUGAUAACAUUGAAACAUAUGCUACUUAAUGAUUGUUGCAUGUUUGUUGCCCUACUAAAGGUUUCAUUUGUUUGACAAAACAUUUUAUAUUUAGUGAUAAACUAAUCAUUUUCUAUAAAUGGUUUCUGCACUUUUGCCUUUCAGACAGAAUCUCACACAAGCUCCCAUCUUUCACUGGUAGUUAUUUUCAGAACAUCACUGGACAAACUUUACCACAUAUUAAAGCUUUUUUAUGCACUAUGUAGGACUUUUAUUUUGUUCUAGUGUUAUGACGUCAUAAAGCCGCGCCGCGCUGUGAGUCGACUGAAGAAAGGUUUGUGUUUUUAGCCAUUUAAAGUGUUUAAAUCCAUACCCGGCCGUUGGAGCAGUUUCAUAGUUUUUAAUAAGCUAUAUAAAAUCAAUUAUUGUUUAAUGUAUUACGGCAGCGCUUCAUCUUACAUUAAUGAGCGCUAAUUUAUGUGAUUAAAGCGCAUCCACACAUCUGUAACAGAAAAGUGCGCCUCAGUUUGCUUCCUUUAUCGUGAAUCGGUUUAAUAAACACGAACUGACGAGCAAGAACUAGCCUGCGUCCUGAUGUGCUUACGAUCCAUCCUAAAUUCUGCGAUAUUAGUCAUUUUCAAUAUUAUUUAGGGCAGAUAGGGUGGAUAGUAUUCAUAUUGGGACGCAGGGCUAGUGAUGGAGAAACGGAGCUUUUAGAAACUCGAGUCAAUUGAAUCAAUUGCUUCGAAAAACGAUUCAGUGAUUCGAAUCGCUUGAAUCACCGCGAAACAUAAACAUGUGUAACUCUUACAAACCUGUAUUUAACAAGUGCACUAACAGAAAUCUGAAAUAAUACAUGUUAUCUACAAAUACCAACAAUAUAAAUCAUUAAUACCUAAUAAUGAACUUUCUAGAUUAUUUGUAUUUAUCAGGUCAUUUAAGGUCAUUAACUAUCACUCUGACUGACUCCCUUAUCAGUGCGCUGACUAAUGAACUGAGCUGAUUGUUUGUCAUCUUAAAUGUCACAGAGUGUCCAAACACACAGAAAAACUGAAGUAACCGAGAUCCACGUGACACACACAAUUACAAAGAUGGCGUUUAUUAAGGAGGAGAUUGAAGACGUGAAGAUUGAAGAAGUAUUCAGUCUGAAACAAGAAGAUACUGAGGAACAAACAGACCUGAUGCUACUGAAAGAGGAGAGUCAAGAACUCAAUGAUAUGGAAGAAAAAGAUCAAUAUGAGAAACCUCAUCAGUUCAUGACUGAAGAAAAAGAUUUUAGCGACUCAAAGAUUGAAAAGACAUCCUCACAAAACAAAGGAACUAGAAACAAUAAAGGCCACAUGAAAGUUCAAACUGGAAAGAGCCCUUUCACUUGCCAACAGUGUGAAAGAAGUUUCAGUUACAAACAAACCCUAAAGAGGCACAUGAAAAUUCACACCGGAGUGAAGCCUUUUGCCUGCCAACAGUGUGGAAGAAGUUUCAGUCACAAACAAACCCUUAAAAGGCACAUGAAAAUUCACACCGGAGUGAAGCCUUUUGCCUGCCAACAGUGUGGAAAAAGAUUCUCUGAUAGUACAAACCUUAAAGCCCACAUGAGUGUUCACACUGGAGAGAGACCUUUCACCUGCUCUCAGUGUGGAAAGAGAUUUACACAGAAAAAACAUCUUAAUACCCACAUGAGUAUUCACACUGGACAGUGCCUCUACACCUGCAAACUGUGUGGAAAGAGUUUCUCACAAAAAGGAAAUCUUAAGACUCACAUGAGAGUUCACACUGGAGAAAAGCCAUUCACAUGCGAUCAGUGUGAAAAGAGUUUUACACACAAAAAAAACCUUAAUGACCACAUGCAAUAUCAUACGAUCAGAUUAAAAGAAAACCUUAACCAUUACAUUACAAAUCACACAAGAGAGGGGGGUUGUAUAUGUCAUCAGUGUAGAAGGAGUUUCAAAGACAGCAAAUGCCUUAAAAAUCAUGUAAAAACUCACGCUGGAGAGAAGCCUUUCAUGUGCGAUCACUGUGGAAAGACUUGCGCAAACAAAGCAAACCUUGAGAAUCACGUAAGAGUUCACACUGGAGAGAAGCCAUUCAUCUGCACUCAGUGUGGAAAGAGUUUCCCGUACAAAGGAAACCUUAAGAUUCACAUAAGAGUUCACACUGGAGAGAGGCCUUACAAGUGUCUUCAGUGUGAGAAGAGUUUCAUGUAUCACUCAAGCUUGAAACGUCAUUUACAGACUUGCGCCUGUUUCACAUCGCAAGCGUGAGCUUCACGUCAUCGUUACUGCAGCUGCAGACUCCUGAGAGUAUUCACUAGGGAUGUGCGGGUCUAGUCAACUAAAUGGUACAGCUCCUACUAGUCGACACUGAAAACAAUAGACGAUUACACGAGAGAUAGAAAAAAAAUAGCAUUUUAUCAUUCAAAUUACCAUCAUUUUAAAUAAGUUAAAAUAAAAUGCUUGAAAAAAAAUACAUAAUUUUUACAUUGUUUUUAAAAGUGUAUCUGGGCGGAAACUAAAUUUUUACCUCAGACCUCUCAUGCAUUUUCUUUGUGUCUGUUGCGGUGAGCUCAAAAAUGACCACACGAGACGAGCAAGGUGUGGGAUUAUUAUGAAUUAGAAGGAAACUGAAAAGUAUUGUGUAAACUGUGUAAUGCCAAAUUGGCUUACAAUAACUCUACUGGAGCGAUGCAUAAUCAUAUUAAACACAGGCACGUAGGCGUUAGCUUAGAGGCUAAAAGCUAACAGAUGUCAAUCAUGUCAUUCUCUACAACCCGCCGCAGCUGAGAUCCCGUCUGCACAGUCUAUGCCUCUGGUGGUGAGAGAGGUCCAGGUGCUUUCUGAAACUUGCUAUGUCGUUAUACAGCAUCUCCAUAAAGCUUGUCAGCAGAUGGAAGCAUAAAUUGCUCCAAAAUCUCCUGGUAGACAGCUGCAUUGACUUUGGACUUGAUAAAACACAAUGGACCAACACCAGCAGAUGACAUGGCACCCCAAAUCAUCACUGACUGUGGAAACGUCACACUGGACUUCAAGCAGCUUGGAUUCUGUGCCUCUCCAGUCUUCCUCCAGACUCCAGACCUUGAUUUCCAAAUGAAAUGCAAAAUUUACUUUCAUCUGAAAAGAGGACUUUGGACCACUGAGCAACAGUCCAGUUAUUUUUCUCCACAGCCCAGGUAAGAUGCUUCUGACGUUGUCUCUGGUUCAGAAGUGGCUUGGUAGCCCUUUUCCUGAAGACGUCUGAGCGUGGUGACUCUUGAUGCACUGACUCCAGCUUCAGUUUUCUCCUUGUGAAGCUCUCCCAAGUGUUUGAAUCGGCUUUAUCUACAGGAUUCUCAAACUUGCGGUCAUCCCUGUUGCUUGUGCACCUUUUCCUACCCAAUUUCUUCUUUCCAGUCAACUUUGCAUUUAAUAUGCUUUGAUACAGCACUCUGUGAACAGCCACACCUUUCAGUAAUGACCCUCUGUGACUUACCCUCUUUGUGAAAGGUGUCAAUGAUCGUCUUCUGGACCAUUGCCAAGUCCGCAGUCUUCCCCAUUAUUGUGGUUUCAAAGAACAAGAGAUACCCGGAAUUUAUACUGUAGGGAUGGUCAUUUAAUGAAACUCAAAUGUAAAUAUUCUAAUAUUUUGAGAUAUUGAAUUUUUUAUUUUCAUAAGCUGUAAGCUCUAAUCAUCAAAAUGAAAACAAAAACAAAAACUUUUGAAAUAUUUUACUUUACAUGUAAUGAAUCUAGAAUAUAUGAAAGUUUCACUUUGAAAUAAGUUACAAAAAAACCUUUUCACGAUAUUCCAAUUUUUUUGUAGAUGCAUCUGUACAUGAAGUACAUUUUUAAAAGCCGUUUUAAUGCUGUUCCUUGGUAAACUUUCCUAUUGUUUUUGCCUUGUGUUUUAAUACGUUGACUAGAUGAAGAGUUCUGUCAGUCUAUAGAGCUCCUGAGGUCAGAGGUGUAAAAAGUACUCAAAAAUCUUACUCAAGUGAAAGUACAGAUACUCAGUGAAAAUUUUAUUCAAUUGAAAGUACAAGUAUCUGACCAAAAACAUACUUGAGUUAAAGUAAAAAGAUUGUACUCAAGAUUGUACUUUAAAUUGUACUCAAGUAUUAAAAAAGUAGAAGUACUUUCUUUUCUGACAGACAUUCAGAAGUUUGGUUAAAGGGAGAAAACAAAACAAAUGGCACAGGUCAAACACAUGUAUACAGGAAAAUAAAAAUACAGGGAAAGGUAUUAAAAGGAAACUCCAUCCUUUCCACCCUCAUGCCAUCUCAUAUAACUUUCAUUUAUCAGAUGGACACAAACUAAAAAAAUCAUGUGUAUGGGACAUCCAAAAAUGACACUUCAAAAACUACACAAAGUGAAUAUGACAGUAACGCAUGCAACCCGUUAAUGAAUCAGUGACUUCUUAAGUGAAACGAUAGGCUUAUGUAAGAAGGAUACAAAUACUAAUAUUUUAAACUUGACCGUCGUGUUCACUUUGUGUGGGUUCUGAAGUGGUUCUGUCCCCUUGCAUUAUCUGGACUAAAAAUCUUUGCUUGUGUUCAUCUUAAGAAAGAAAGUCAUAAACAUCUGGGACGACAUGAGGGUGAGUAAAUGAUGAGAGAAUUUUCAUUUAUGGGUGAACUAUCCCUUUGAAGAGCAAGAUGUGAUGCAGAGGCUAGAAACAUAUUCCAGACAGAAUACAAGAAUGUGCUGAAUUAAUGAGGAGAGUCAUAGAAUUAAAACAUACAACAUUAAUGUUUUGAAAGGCCAGUUUUUUGUGUGUUGUCUAUUCAACGUCACUGUCUGACAGGAUGAUUAAUCUUUUAAUUAUUUAUUUGGGGCUUUUAGAGUUUUUUUCUCAGCAAAUAUUGAUAAAUAAUUAUUGUUGACUAAUGAGCAAAUUAUGUAAUUAUUAAGAUUAAAAAAAAACAAAAAAACAUUGACAGUCCUGAUUCCUACUCAGUGUGUGUAUAAUGACAUUUUAUAAAUACAACUUAUCCACUACCUGGUGAGAACAUCACUAAACAUGAAUUACAAUUAAUUUAACAAACAAUGUUUAUUUAAACACUUUUGGAGAUUUUUCCACAAAAAUAUUUUAAUUUAAUUUAAAUUAUCAUCAGUGGUUUUAUUUGCACUCAAUCUUGUGCAUUCAGCUAAUAUAUUACACAGCUAAUGGCUCUGUCAAAACAGAACAAAUAAUGAAUAAACAUUUUUUGGGAAAAUGCAACUUUGCUACCUCAACAUGCUUCCUCAGAUUUGAUGGUGAACUUUUGAAGCCAGACAUUUACCUGAUGAAAGUCAUAAGUGAAGUAGAAAUGCUUGAUGCAUGAAAACAAUGAUCAUUGGUUCUCACAUCAGGCAUGCAUGUUUGAGCUUCCAUUUACCAUAUUUAAUGUGCAUAAGAUAAAAUAAAAAUGUAAUGUACUUUUCAAAAUGAAAUAAAAUUGUAAGGAGUAAAAAGUACAGUUUUUUUCUUCAGAAAUGAAAUCAAGUAAAAGUACAAGUAGUCAGUUUAAAUUGUUCUUUAACCCUUUAAAACCGUCCGGAGCGCCCACGCUCCCAUUUGCGUGUCUCUGUUUAAAAGCCAAUAGAAAGUGAAACUAAAUGCGUAGCACAAUAAUUAUUUUUGCAUACAAAAUCAGAGAUGCUACACGUUCAGAUCAAGCCUACAACAUGCUCCUUUUGCGUUGUUUUCACCCUCUAAGAGUCUCCACAAAUUGCAUAAAAUAUGUUUGCAACAAAAAGCACUAAAAUGCAUUGUGCAUCUUUGCACAUGUGCUCUAUAGAUUUGCGGUCGGUAGCUGAUACUUAGUUACAUUUUCAUAUGAAUAAUUGACGUAAUCCCGUUGAAUGCACUAUGACCCCAAGCUGUGACACGUGUGAUGACGUCGCAAGGCACGCGACAUUUGACUUUGUUUUGUUGUAUAUGCGUUCUACUUAUUAUUGUCUCUAUCGUUGCAAUCGGUUGCUUCAUCAUUUAUUCUUUCACACACACACACACACACAUUUACAAAUGCAAGAACAAUCACACAAUCGUUCCGGGCACAAAGUUGCACAUGCACAACAUAGAAAAGAGAAGUACACAUACGCGGAGGUUUUGGAACUACUGCUCGCGUCCGACGAGAAGAGGAACACUCUGACUGCUCAUCUGCUCCUGACUCUGCUUCUAGUGGGGACGAAGCUGACUUUUUUGAAGGAAUAGAUCCGUUCCAGGACACGUAAGUACAUAUUCAUGCAAUAUGCUUUGCUUUUGAGUUAGAGAAUAAACAAAACGAACACAGAAUGAACGUGAGUGCAUGACGCGGCGUUUACUCUUGUCAUUUCUGUAUUGCUUUUUUGCCAAAAUGUCUAACUUAUAUAUUCAUGAAAUAUGCUUAGCUGUUGAGUUAGAGAAUAAAAAACAAACAAACAAAACACAGAAUGAACAUUAGUGCAUGACGUUGGAUUUACUCUUGAUCUUUUUUAUAUUGAUUUUGUGCCAAAAACAACUAACUAACUUACCAUUUUACUUACCUUCUUUGUUGUAGUGUUGAAGAUGUUAGAGAAGCAUCCUGCUCCUCAGAGCCAUCUGGGAGAGGUUAUGGUCGGAGGGCUAACAUCAGAGCCUACAGAAGUCGAGCAAA